AUGCCGCCAGACCUCAACUCUCUGCCCACUUCAAGGCCGACUUCAAUCCCUGGCUCCCCGCUUUCACAACGUCCAAGACGCAUCUCCAUAAAUGCUGCCGAUGCCUCACGUCCGAGUCCGCCUUCACCACGAUCGCCGUCGCUGGCAUCGCUUCAGGCAGCUGCCACGAUCAAUGCCGGCCUACACCGCUCGCCAAGUAGAGCUUCGCCCAGUCUUGAGCGUAGAAGAUCAUCUCUCAUGAACAACCUCACCAACAUCAACGAUCCGGCUGUCCCUGCGCCGGGAGAGCUACAGACAAGCAACGGAAGCAAUGCGGGAAGCCCACGCCCAGCAAUGAGGUCUUUUGCCUUACCAACCGCAGAUCCUCACCACCAGAGACAGCCAAGCUUGGGUGAGCUGCAUCAAGAACUGGAGAAUGAGCAGGAAGCGCAAGUCAAUCGAUUGUUGCACAUGAUAAGAUUGCAGCAAGAUCAGCUGGCUGCGAUUCAACGACAGCAAAACAAUGCUCAGGAUUCAUCUCCGACCACAACUGAGCAGAGCCGGUUUCCUACUCCUCCAUCGACGCUGCCCACCACGGCAGGCACUGCGAUCACAGAGCAGUCUUCUCCUCGUUCUGCAUCAGUCUCCCACCCUCAGCAUACCCACUUCAACCGACCACACUCCCUUUCUCGGCAGUCAUCGGCCAGGCUAUCGACGCAGGGAACCAACAGCAGAGGCAACUCGCCAGCAUUGCGGCCUCAGUCCGGCAGUCUUGGACCUCUGACUGAGGACUUUCUACUGGGAGGCACGCGGGACGAUAGCGCUUUUUACCAGGCCGAGACCCAGAUGCUGACGCGGGAGAACCAGAUGCUAAAGUUGAGGAUUCGGGACCUGGGUAAGUGGUGAAGGAAGGAAUCCCGUUGAAGAUUUGGCUGACUUUUAUGCGCAGAACGUCAGAUAUCUGAAAUGGGAGGCGCAUCGUCGAGCGGACCCCUGCCUCACAACUCUCCGCUCGCAAGUCCACCCGCUACAUUCGCGGAAGGGGCAUCUGUUACUUCUACUCCGGCUGAAGUCAAGGCCGAGUGA